GGCCGGAGCUGGCAAGGAGGAGAGGCGGCAGCAGCGGCAUCGCAGCUUGGGGACGCCGGCGCUCCGCUGGACACGGCGUCCCCGAGACCGCCCUCCUCGCGCAGACUGCUUCCCGGUCUGCAGCCGCCCGGGAACGUCCGCUGUUCCCCGAGGGCAGGCGUGUCCGCGAGGCGUGGGGCGGGGAUCGAUCGAGGGGCCGCAGCCUGUAGGAGCGAGGGGAGCGAGGGGCUUGGGGAGCCGCGAACUGAGAAGGCGAUCCGGCCCGGCCCCCUGCGCACCGCAGUUUUCUCCAACUCCCCACCUCCUCCGCAUUGGGGCCCAGCCCUGCUCGGGGACCUUGUCCGGAUCUGCCGAAGAAAAGAAAUGUCAUGAAAAGGAACAGAAAAGAGCCGACACUGCAGGUGAAAGAGGAGUUUUCUUUCCCUGCUGGUGGUUACUUGGUGCUUGGAAGAGAAAUACCUAGCCGGCUGAAGAGAUUAGAUGUUUCUAGCUGUACCGAUGAAACUGAUAAAAGAAGACAUAAAAAUGCUCCUUCUCGAUUAUAAUAGGCUCAUGAGUGAGAAAGCCUGAGAAAGACAGAGUUGAAAUGAGGGCAGGAAUUUUGAGUUCUUUAAAACCAGGUAGGACUUUGGACACUUGUUGAGGAUGCUAUUCUCCCAAAAAAUGAAGAAGAAAAAAAUCCUCAAAACCAGAAGUGUAAAAAAUUGAGAAGAAUAACAACCAAGUCCACCACAAAGAUUUCAGCACUUCAUCACCUUUGGACAGACACACACGGGGACAUGAUAUGUGUAUGGGGAUUUUAUCGCUGGUGAUGGUUUCCUGUGCCAGGAAUGACUUAAGUUGGAUUUUGGAAAGCUUUUCUUUUUUUCUUUUCCUCCUUUCCUUUUUUACAAUGUGAGUUCUAACUCUUCAUGGAUUCAUAGUAUGUUUGACUCUUUCUACCCCUGUCUGCUGUGUGAUAUGGAAAAAACUAGAGGUGUUAACAUCUUCCUGAAACUUUAUUAGAAGCAAAACUGCAUUAGGGACGGAAGUAAGUUUUUCCUUUUUGGCAACUGUACUUGCUUUGAAUGAGCCGAACGUCAGCUGGAUUUUACAGCAUGAUUCACAGUCUUUGUUUUAUCAAGACCUUACAUGUAUGCUUUAGACUGAGCAGAUGGGAACCACAUUGAGCACUGUGUUUGACAUGAUUGCUUAAGGAAAGGAACUCCCUGAUGGAUCAUGGCGUUAAUGUUUACAGGACAUUUCUUAUUUUUAACAUUAGUGAUGUUUGCUUUCUCUACUUUUGAGGAAUCUGUAAGCAAUUACUCUGACUGGGCAGUUUUUGCAGAUGAUCUAGAUCAGUUUAAGACUCAGAAAGUGGAAGAUUUCAGACCCAACCAAAAACUGAAGAAAAAUAUGCUUCAUCCAAGUCUAUAUUUUGAUGCGGGAGAAAUCCAAUCAAUGAGACAAAAGUCUCGCACAAGCCAUUUGCAUCUUUUCCGAGCGGUCAGAAGUGCAGUGACAAUUAUGCUGUCCAACCCGACAUACUACCUACCUCCACCCAAGCAUGCUGAUUUCGCUGCCAAGUGGAAUGAAAUCUACGGUAACAAUCUGCCUCCUUUGGCGCUGUACUGCUUGUUGUGCCCGGAAGACAAAGUUGCCUUUGAAUUCGCCUUGGAAUAUAUGGACAGGAUGGUUGGCUACAAAGACUGGCUGGUGGAGAACGCACCAGGGGAUGAGGUUCCAGUUGGCCAUUCCUUAACAGGCUUCGCCACCGCCUUUGACUUUUUAUAUAACUUACUAGAUGAGCGUCGGAGACAAAAAUACCUGGAAAAAAUAUGGGUGAUUACUGAGGAAAUGUAUGAGUAUUCCAAGGUUCGCUCAUGGGGCAAACAACUUCUCCAUAACCACCAAGCUACUAAUAUGAUAGCAUUGCUCACUGGGGCCUUGGUGGCUGGGGUCGGUAGAGAAUCUAAAGUAAAUUUAUGGAAACAAGUUGUAGUAGAUGUGAUGGAAAAGACAAUGUUUCUAUUGAACCAUAUUGUUGAUGGGUCUUUGGAUGAAGGUGUGGCCUAUGGAAGCUACACAGCGAAAUCAAUCACACAGUAUGUGUUUCUGGCUCAGCGCCAUUUUAAUAUCAACAACUUGGAUAACAACUGGUUAAAAAUGCACUUUUGGUUCUAUUAUGCCACCCUUUUGCCCGGUUUCCAAAGAACUGUGGGCAUAGCAGAUUCCAAUUAUAAUUGGUUUUAUGGUCCAGAGAGCCAGUUGGUUUUUUUGGAUAAGUUCAUCUUAAAGAAUGGAGCCGGAAAUUGGUUAGCUCAGCAAAUUAGAAGGCACCGACCUAAAGAUGGACCGAUGGUCCCCUCCACUGCCCAGAGGUGGAGUACUCUUCACACUGAAUACAUCUGGUAUGAUCCCCAACUCACCCCACAGCCUCCUGCUGAAUAUGGUACUGCAAAACUGCACACAUUCCCUAACUGGGGUGUAGUCACUUACGGGGCUGGGUUGCCAAAUACACAGACCAACACCUUCGUGUCUUUCAAGUCUGGGAAACUAGGAGGCAGGGCUGUGUAUGACAUAGUUCACUUCCAGCCGUACUCCUGGAUUGAUGGCUGGAGAAGCUUUAACCCUGGACAUGAGCAUCCAGAUCAGAACUCGUUUACUUUUGCUCCCAAUGGGCAAGUGUUUGUUUCUGAAGCCCUCUAUGGACCCAAGUUGAGCCACCUUAACAACGUGUUGGUGUUUGCCCCAUCGCCCACAAGCCAGUGCAACAAGCCCUGGGAAGGUCAGCUGGGAGAAUGUGCACAGUGGCUCAAGUGGACCAGCGAGGAGGUGGGGGACGCAGCAGGGGAAAUCAUUACUGCCUCUCAGCACGGGGAAAUGAUAUUUGUGAGUGGGGAGGCAGUGUCUGCCUAUUCUUCAGCGAUGAAGCUGAAAAGCGUGUAUCGUGCUUUGCUCCUCUUAAAUUCUCAGACUUUGCUAGUUGUUGAUCACAUAGAGAGGCAAGAUGAUUCCCCAAUAAAGUCUGUCAGUGCCUUCUUUCAUAAUCUGGAUAUUGAUUUUAAGUACAUCCCGUACAGGUUUAUGAACAGGUAUAAUGGCGCCAUGAUGGACGUGUGGGAUGCGCACUAUAAAAUGUUUUGGUUUGAUCAUCGUGGCAAUAGCCCUGUUGCUAGUAUCCAGGAAGCGGAGCAAGCUGCUGAAUUUAAGAAACGGUGGACCCAGUUUGUUAAUGUUACAUUUCAGAUGGAAUCCACAGUCACCAGAAUUGCAUAUGUGUUUUAUGGCCCAUACGUCAAUGUUUCCAGCUGCAGAUUUAUUGAUAAUUCCAACUCUGGACUUCAGAUUUCUCUCAACGUCAAUAACACUGAACAUGUUGUUUCCAUUGUAACUGACUACUACAACCUGAACACAAGAUUCAGUUACCUGGGGUUUGGCGGCUUUGCCAACAUAGCCGAUCAGGGCCAAAUCACCCGAUUUGGUUUGGGCUCUCAAGCAAUAGCAAAGCCCGUAAGACAUGAUAAAGUUAUUUUCCCCUUUGGAUUUAACUUUAAUAUAGCAAUUGGGUUGAUUUUGUGCAUUAGCUUGUUGAUUUUAACUUUUCAGUGGCGGUUUUACCUUUCCUUUAGAAAGCUAAUGCGAUGGAUCCUAAUACUUGUUGUUGCCUUGUGGUUUAUCGAGCUCCUGGAUGUGUGGAGCGCUUGCACUCAGCCCAUCUGUGCAAAAUGGGCAAGGACAGAGGCCAAGGCCAGCACGAAGUCUGUGUCUUCCCCAGGGCACCAUGUCGACCUUCCUGAUGUUGUCAUUACCUCACUCCCUGGUUCAGGAGCUGAAAUUCUCAAACAGCUCUUUUUCAACAGUAGUGAUUUUCUCUACAUCAGGGUCCCCACAGCCUACAUUGAUAUCCCUGAAACUGAAUUUGAAAUCGACUCAUUUGUAGAUGCCUGUGAAUGGAAGGCGUCAGAUAUUCACAGCACACAUUUCCAUCUACUCCGAGGCUGGCUGCAGUCUUUAGUCCAAGACACAAAACUGCAUUUGCAAAACAUCCGUCUGCAUGAAUCCAGUAGGGGCAAACUGGCCCAAUAUUUUACAUCGAAUAAGGACAAGAAAAGAAAAUCGAAAAGGAGAGAGUCUUUGCCAGAACAAAGAAGUAGAAUGAAAGGCGCCUUUGAUAGGGAUGCUGAAUACAUUAGGGCUUUGAGGAGACACCUGGUUUACUUCCCGAGUGCGCGGCCAGUGCUCAGUUUAAGCAGCGGGAGCUGGACCUUAAAGCUUCAUUUUUUCCAGGAAGUUUUGGGAUCUUCCCUGAGGGCAUUGUAUAUAGUAAGGGACCCUCGGGCCUGGAUUUAUUCAGUGCUGUAUAGUAGCAAGCCAAGUCUUUACUCUCUGAAGAAUGUCCCAGAGCGCUUAGCUAAAUUGUUUAAAGUAGAGGGAGGCAAAGGCAGAUGUAGUUUAAAUUCAGGCCAUGCUCUCGAGUAUGAAUCAUUAAGGAAAGAACUAUCAAGACCCAAGUCAAAUGCAGUUUCCCUGUUGUCGCAUUUGUGGCUGGCGAACACGGCAGCUGCCCUGAGAAUCAACGCAGAUUUGCUGCCUACCAGCUACCAGCUGGUCAAGUUCGAAGACAUUGUACAUUUCCCCCAGAAAACCACUGAAAGGAUCUUUGCCUUCCUUGGAAUCCCUCUGUCUCCUGCUAGUUUAAACCAAAUAUUGUUUGCAACCUCCACCAACCUUUUCUACCUUCCCUACGAAGGGGAAAUAUCACCCAGUAAUACUGAUGUUUGGAAACAGAACUUGCCUAGAGAGAAAAUUAAACUGAUUGAGAACAUCUGCUGGACACUGAUGGACCGUCUAGGAUAUCCAAAGUUUACGGACUAAGCGCUGCGGGUCAGCAGAAAUUUGCACUAAUACUUCCCAACCUGAUUUGUGGACAUCAGUUAGAAGAGUUUGUUUAUUCUUGUACUCUGUGUGUGAGUGAGUGUGUGUUCUGUUAGUUACUUGCACAGAGAGAUUAUUUUCAAAACAGGCACCAUAUCUGGCCUAGUGCGACUUACUUUUUAUGUCACCGCUGUCUUGCCUUUGUUUCGGAAUGAUUCUCUGCUAAAAUGCCUCCACUGAGAGGCGUAGGUGAAGCUCUGUUGUGGUCGGGGGGGAUACGGAGAUUUUAAAGGAUUUCGACUCUCCGCCUGCAGCUGUGCUGGUUGGUCCUGGGACCUCAAAGGGUUCACAAGGCCUUCCAGUGCUGCUUUACCCAAGCAGCUCUUCCUUUCAAGAUGGACUUCAGAAGUUCCUUCUCUUUUUUUUUAAGUUCUUCCAACACACUUAUCCUGCACAAGAAAAUAAAUCCUUUACUGUGUAUAGUGUUUAGUGAUGUCACUUGGGAAAUGGUGGAAGCUCCUAUCUGAACUGUAGAAUUCCUUUUUGGAAAAUCCAGGUGGGAAUACAGAAAGAAAAUGUUUUCUUUGCAGGUCAGAAACAGUGACCAAAAAGCCUCUAACAUUUUCUACUUUGAAAUGAUGGGGUCAGUCUGAAUAAUCUGGGUGCCAAGAACUAGUGGAGUAUUUUUGACCUUGUCUGUUUAAAACUCUCUUUUUUGCCUCCUUGAAGUCACAGCUGCUAGGGUCAGGCCACUCCUACCCUGUCCUUUCUGUCACUGUCCUGCAAAACAGUCCCUGGUUACUAAUUGCUAAACACCCCAUACCUGUGGGGAUUUUUUCCCCCUUGAUGAUUAAUUUUUCAUUAAAGCCUGACACAGACUUAGAACCAAACUUCUUUUUGUGGAAUUGUCACCAUAUGACUCAAAGGAGCAGAGCCACCGCGGGCCGUGUUCUUUUUUAGACUGGAAACAGAAUUGGAAAACUGCCUGACUUGUCUUGCGUCCCAUUGAAUGAGUUUACAGACCGCCAGUGUUGGCAAAUGGGAGAUGACGUCAGCGGCAUCUGUCUCCUUUACCAUCUGCAUCUCAUUAUAAAGGUAGUCGUCAUAAAAUUGUGGCUCAUUUUAUUUUAGUAGGCGCUGAAAUCAGAAUGCUGGACCAGUAUAAGCCAGUGGAAUAAUCACAAUGUACUGGAUGAAAAUCAUUAGGCAGUGUUGACACUUGAUGAAAAUCUCUGUACAGAUCGCAUUUUUCUUCCUGAUGUUUCAAACUGUCAUUUCCCCCAAGCUCUCGAACACUUGGGAGUCUGUCAUCCUGACCUAGAUAAGAGUGGUUCUUUCUCAGUAGUUUGUUAUUGUGUCAAAAUGUGCCUCCAGAGUGAUAAAGCUGUGGACAUGUUACAUUCUA